AUGCCGCUUUUGGGCCGUCUGACAGAGUUUGUGCAUGGGGUCCGGCGGGAGGCCCUGCCGGCGUCCUUCGCACGCAUUUUCGACCUCGCCGCGGGGGAGCGGGCGCAAUUUCUCCCAGGGUAUUCCCGCCAAUCCACAGUAGGUGAGCGGAUCUCGCUCGAGCAGCGGGUCGCCGAUGGGCUCACGAACAUUCGCUUCUCUCUGUAUCAGCUAUACGGUUCGCUCUGCGAGUGGAUCUCGAUGGAGAGCCUGGAGACGAUGCUGGACUCUAUUGGCUCCACUACCGAGCUCCCGAUUCACCAUAUCCGGGUUUUAUCCGAGAAGUGUCUUUUUCUGAUCGGCCAACAACACCCGGCGCUGCUGCAGAGGGUUUUACGCAUCCUUGGGAUGUUUUUUACUCAUCAAGCAAGGCCCCUGGGAGAGCGGGCCGCUUCAUCAUCCUCAAAUUCUGCCAAACCUUCGGGAAAUCCGCUCGAGGACGACGUCGUCUAUCACAAACAGUGGCUUUUCUACACCAAGGACGUCUUGACAUUUAUUCGGACGCAGGUGCUUGAAGGCGUGGUCUGGCAGAGCCAACCCUUUCUUCUCACGAGCACUGUCGAGCUCGCGGCGGUGAUACUGGAGAGCGGAAGCAAUUCCAUCAUGUCCAGCCGUUUUUUACUUAGCGUGGUUAGUGUGAAAGGGGGCGAAGGGGAGGGCGAGGGCGUCUCCCUUUCUUUCGCGCCCUCUGCGGAGACGGCUACGGUCUUGCACGAGGCCCAGCUCAUGGCCUACGGUCGUCUUGUGUAUUAUCUUCUUUUUCUCGGCAGCAGCACGCUCGCCCCUCGCGAGAAGGAGACCAUCGCCUACAUGGCAGCGGAGGCCUACAUAUCGUACUACCCCAAGCUCGAGCGUGGGUUGGAGCUUGCCAGGAUCCCAUCGGAUAAGGUGGAGGAGCUUCGAACGGAAAUGAUCUUCGCGAAUGGGCUUAACAUGAAGCGACGAAAGGUCAAGGAGAAGUUUCUUGCGUGGGCUUCAUCGUAG